AUUAAAUUCUUCUCGUCUGUUUGGCCGGAUCUGUGUAGCGGCUCUCGAGAAAAUUUAAUUCUGACAUCAUUUCUGCAUUUAUAUCUAGGACCCCAUUCCUUAACUUCUCAUCCUUUCCUCACACCGUCACUUUCUACGCAGUUGGGUAAUCCAGAAGGCACGCAGAAGCCAUGGCCGACUCUUCUCAGCUCAAGUCCGACACUCUUAUUGAGCAGAUGAAGCUUCAUCUCUCCUCUGACGCCGGCAAGGAACUCAUCAAGAAAAUUGGCCUCGUUUACGAGCUCCACAUCGCCCCUAAGAAACUUGGAUUUAAUGAGAAGAUAUAUGUUGUUGAUCUGAAGAAAGGGGAGGUUAAAGAAGGGAAUUACGAGGAUGGAAAGCCUGAUGCAACAUUUUCCUUUACUGAUGACGAUUUUCUGAAAAUUGCUACGGGGAAGAUGAAUCCCCAAAUCGCUUUUAUGAGGGGUGCUAUCAGAAUCAAAGGGAGUAUCAAUGCAGCCCAGAAAUUCACACCAGAUAUUUUCCCUAAACCAUCCAAGAUGUGAACAAGGGAAAUCAUUAAGCCAGAGGCACCUAUAUUAUGAGGCAAUUUCACAGCCAUUCUUUUGAAUGUUACUGUCUAGCUUAUAUGGUAAACCGUCAAAUGUUACACAAUCGGGAAAAGAAUUUGAGUUUCUCGCUCAUGGACUUCAUAUUAAAUCAAGAUGUUUGUUCUUA